CAUGCCCCUGCAUGCCGGGCCUUCACAUUCAAGAUGUUGCAAGCUUCUCUCAUCGCUACCAUCUGUUAUGGCCUCGGAUGUCUCGCAACUUCGGCUUCCGAUGCACAGCUAAAGCUUCAGGGCAUGGGCAGAUCAAAUACUAAGCCCAACAUUGUUUUUAUCUUAACAGAUGAUCAGGAUGUACGAUUAGACUCCUUGGCAUACUUGCCCAAUCUUCAACGACACUUAAUUCGGCAUGGUACGGUCUUUGAGCGACAUUAUUGCACGGUCGCAUUGUGCUGCCCUUCGCGGGUCAAUUUGUGGACUGGAAAGGCUGCUCACAACACCAAUGUCACAGAUGUGAACCCACCGUAUGGUGGAUAUCCCAAAUUCAUCAGUCAGGGAUUCAACGAAGCCUGGGUGCCUGUUUGGCUGCAGGAGGCCGGUUAUAACACCUAUUAUACGGGAAAAUUGUUCAAUGCUCACACAGUCAGCAACUAUGACUCUCCUUUCCCAGCUGGGUUCACUGGCUCUGAUUUCCUUCUUGAUCCUCACACUUACGAGUACCUAAACGCCACAACCCAAAGAGAUCGAGAGCCUCCGGUCAGCCAUGACGGAGAAUAUUCUACAGACGUCAUAGCGAAUAAAGCUUAUGGUUUCCUUGAUGAUGCCGUUGCAGCGCGCAAGCCAUUUUUUUUGACCAUAGCACCCAUUGCUCCGCAUAGUAAUCUCAAAAUCAUAGAGUCCUCGGUGGGAGAACGCAUAAACGAGCACUCAAUUCUUACCUCCCCUCCAGUCCCGGCUGAUCGACACAAACAUCUAUUCAAUGACACCAGAGUUCCACGGACUCUCAACUUCAAUCCUGACAAAGAAAGCGGGGUGUCAUGGAUCUCACAUUUGCCCAGACAGAAUCAAGAAAAUAUAGACUUCAACGACGACUUCUAUCGCAAUAGGCUACGUGCACUACAGGCUGUUGACGAUAUUAUCGAUGGAGUCAUCACCCGACUAUCAGAGCAUGGCAUCCUUGACGAUACGUACAUUUUCUACUCAAGCGACAACGGCUAUCAUAUCGGACAGCACAGGCUUCAACCGGGAAAAGAAUGCGGAUUCGAAGAGGAUAUCAACGUUCCACUGAUCGUUCGGGGACCAAACGUGCCGAAAGGAAAAAUCAGCGGCGUCGUGACGUCCCACACUGAUUUAGCACCGACCUUCCUGUCCUUAGCUGGAGCCGGAUCCCGUACCGACUUUGAUGGUGCCGCCAUUCCGCUCACGGAACGGGCGUUGGACGAAGCUAGAUAUUCCAGACAUGAACACGUCAACGUGGAAUACUGGGGGUUCGCCCUGGCCGAGGGCAACUACGGGCGAUCGAUGUUUUGGAACAACACGUAUAAAGGGUUGAGAUUGAUUGGGGAAGGAUACAACUUUUAUUACGCUGUCUGGUGCAGUGGCGAGCACGAGCUUUAUGAUCUCAACGAUGACCCUCAUGAGCUAAACAACCUGUACACCACGAACCAUUCGCGACCAUAUCACUUUGACUCGGCGGGGAAUGCCAACAAAGGACCGGUGAAGCUGUCCAGUCUAUUAUCACGGCUGGAUGCGCUAGUACUGGUGCUAAAGACAUGCAAGGCACGUGCAUGUACGCAUCCGUGGGAAGUCCUGCAUCCAUCGGGGGAUGUCCAAGAUAUGUACCACGCACUCGAUGCACGCUUUGACAAUUUUUAUGAGGUGCAGCAGGCGAAGGUGAGUUUUUCAAGGUGUGAAAAGGGCUACAUUUUGGAAAGUGAGGGUCCUUCCGAUAUCAAGACCUAUUCUUUCGAGGAAAUUGGUGCCAGAGGUGGCAGCCAAUGGAGUGAGCUCGUCUGA